AUGCCGAGCGACAAGACCGUCGGCUGCGGCGACGACACCUUCUUCUCCGAGACCGGCACCGACAAGCAUGUCCCACGCGCCAUCUUCGUCGACCUCGAGCCCACCGUCAUCGACGAGGUCCGCACCGGAACCUACUGCCAGCUCUUCCACCCGGAGCAACUCAUCUCCGGCAAGGAGGACACCGCUAACAACUUCGCCCGUGGGUCAGGUCUCGAGUCGCUUCUGCUGGAGAGGCUUUUUGUGGACUAUGGGAAAAAGUCCAAGCUCGGAUUCACUGUGUAUCCUUCUCCUCAGGUUUCUACGUCUAUUAUGCAGCCCUAUAACAGUGUGUUCUCCACUCAUUCUCUGCUUGAGCACACCGAUGUGUCUGUGUUGCUCAAUUACUGA